GGCAAAAUGAGAAAUUCGACAAGAUUUUAUUGAAAUUAGUGAAAAAUUUCCUCCUGGACUAAUUAAAUACUCAUAGGAAACAAACAAGCAGAUUUCCAACAUCCUUAUAAUACCAUUGUCUGGGGGUGCCAAAACCACUUGCGGCUGCCCGCCCCAACCAAUCCAAUCCUUCUUCCUCAUUUUUAAGACUCUUCUUCCUUAUUAAUACCAACCCUUUCUCUAACAAACAUCAUCAUUCAUUAGUAGUAGUAACAAACAAGAAACAAAGAAAGAAACCAAUUUCUCAGAAAUCUUUCAAAAAAAAAAAAAAAAAAACACGCAGUCACACAGUGGAGGGAGUCAUGCGGAUGAGUUGUAACGGAUGCCGGGUUCUCCGCAAAGGCUGCAACGAGAAAUGCAGCAUCAGACCUUGCCUCCAGUGGAUCAAAUCCCCUGAAGCCCAGGGGAACGCCACCGUGUUCCUGGCCAAAUUCUACGGCCGCGCCGGCCUCAUCAACCUCAUCAAUGCCGGCCCAGACGACGAUUCCCGCCCGGGGAUUUUCAGAUCCUUGCUCUACGAAGCUUGUGGGCGUAUCGUAAACCCCGUUUACGGUGCCACCGGCUUGUUAUGGUCCGGGAAUUGGCAUUUGUGUCAGGCCGCCGUCGAAGCCGUUCUGAAUGGCUCUCCGAUUUCGCCAGCUUCGGCGGAUUCCGCCGCCUGUACCGUCUCUCCGCCGCUCAAGGCCUGCGACAUUCGCCAUGUUCCAAAAGAUUCCUCCUCCGCUGGUUCCGCCGCCGCUGCCGCCGGGAGGGAUUUACACAAGGUCAGGAAAUCAAAGGGCAAAUUCAAACGCGCCUCCGCCGCCACGGUGGGGGAUAAGUCGAAAUCGAAGGCGGCGGCGGCGGGGUCAAUCGUCGAUGUGGACGAUGUUGACGAAGCGGCUCGAGUCAUGUGGGGUUGGUCACACAAAGAGGCAGUUCGAUCGCCGAGCCGCGACUCGGGAUUGAGCCAGCAUGUGGAGGAGGAAGGUGGUCGGAGCCGAGCCGGGGACAGCGGGGAUGCUGACACUGACAGUGGUUCCGGGGAGACAGUGGAAGCCGAGCUGGCUAAUAGUAAGCCGGAAGAGUCAGCCGAGGGAAGCGAAGUUGAGUUGGAGCUGACUCUUGGACUGGAGCCCAGACAGUGGAAAGCGGGGCCCGAGUUAAGAAUGGAUUAAUGUAAAGGAUUUUCAAAAACUAAUGGAUUUAAGAGUGGGGAAUUAAUUAACAGUGGGUUGAAGACUUGUUUUAAGUCAGUCAAAAGAGUAGUUAAAGAGUGGAGAUCAAUUUCUGGAGGAGGCGGACCCCACCUACGAUGAAGGAGAUAAGAUAAGGCUUUAGUUUUGGCGGCUUGUGAAUUGGGGUGAAAGAUCAACUUCACUUGCAAACUUAUUUUUUGUUUUUUUUUUUUAAAGUAGUAGUAGUGGGGCGCUUUUGUUUUGUGUAAGUUUGAAGACUAGAAUGAGGUGUUCUUUUGGGGGUUAGCUUGGAGGUAGUAGUAGUAUUUUGCCUCUUUUUGCCAUUUCGUUGAGAAUGUACAUUUUUCUAACGAUGAGUAAAAAAUUGUCUGACAUUAUUAUGGUAAAAAUGGCCUUCGAUUAAGAUGAUGAAGCGAUAGAAUUUGAAUCCUGAUUGUCAUUUUCACGUCCUAUAUCUUAAUUGGGC